AUGAGUUUGGCUGCCGCUGCAUUGACGAUUGCUCGCCGCGGUCCAUUGAGUGGCUGCGCUGCAUCUGCAUCACUGCUGCGUCGCUCGUUCACCACCGCGACUGUCGCUGCCUCGACUGCCACUACUGUGACUGCGGGUGUCUAUCCAACGUACCAAGGCGAGCGCCAGGCCAGCGUGCUCGACGGCUCUGUCGAAGCCAACUCUGACAACUUCAAAGAGAACAAGACACAAAUGCAAGCACUUGUUGCCGAUCUCAAGGCCAAGGUUGCCCACAUUGUCAAAGGCGGUGGCGAUGAGGCUCGCAAGCGUCACACCAGCAAGGGCAAGCUGCUUCCCCGCGAUCGCGUCGCUGCCGUGUUGGAUCCCGGCUCGCCAUUCCUCGAGUUUUCGCAGUUCGCCGGCUACAAGCUGUACGACGAUGAAAUCCCCGCUGGUGGCAUCAUCACUGGUAUUGGCCGCAUUGCCGGCACCGAGUGCAUCAUUGUCGCCAACGACGCCACAGUGAAGGGCGGCACGUACUACCCCAUCACCGUCAAGAAGCACCUGCGCGCGCAAGAAAUUGCCGAGCAAAACCGCCUGCCCUGCGUGUACUUGGUUGAUUCUGGCGGUGCCAACCUUCCCAACCAAGCGGACGUCUUCCCCGACCGCGAUCACUUUGGUCGCAUCUUUUACAACCAGGCCAACAUGUCUGGCAAGGGCAUUCCACAGAUUGCCGUUGUUAUGGGCUCGUGCACGGCUGGUGGCGCUUACGUCCCCGCCAUGGCUGACGAGAGUAUCAUUGUCAAGGGCCAAGGCACCAUCUUCCUUGGUGGCCCGCCGCUUGUGAAGGCAGCCACCGGCGAGGUUGUCUCCGCCGAAGAUCUCGGUGGCGCAGAUCUUCACUGCAAAGUCUCUGGUGUUACCGACCACUACGCGCUGAACGACGCGCACGCCCUCAACAUUGCUCGCCGUGUCGUGUCCAACCUGAACUGGCGCCGAACGCUGCCUGUAGCCCCCGAGGAGCCCCUGUUCCCCGCCGAAGACCUGUAUGGCAUUGUUGGUGCCAACCUCAAGAAGCAGUUUGAUGUCCGCAAGGUCAUUGCCCGCUUGGUUGACGGCAGCCGCUUUGACGAGUUCAAGGCUCAGUACGGCACAACCCUCGUCACUGGCUUUGCUCGCCUGCAUGGCUUCCCAGUGGGUAUUGUUGCAAACAAUGGCGUCCUCUUCUCGGAGGCUGCUCUGAAGGGCGCACACUUUAUUCAGCUUUGCAGCCAACGCGGCAUUCCUCUCAUUUUCUUGCAGAACAUCACCGGUUUCAUGGUCGGCAAGGCGGCCGAGGCCGGCGGCAUUGCCAAGAACGGUGCCAAGAUGGUCACUGCCGUCGCUUGCGCGAAUGUGCCAAAGCUCACCGUUGUCAUCGGCGGUAGCUUUGGUGCUGGCAACUACGGCAUGUGCGGCCGUGCUUACAGCCCGCGUUUCAUGUGGAUGUGGCCUAAUGCCCGCGUUUCGGUCAUGGGUGGAGAGCAAGCUGCAGGUGUGCUUUCAACCAUCACCAAGGAGCAGCGCGAGCGCAAGAAGCUGCGGCCGUGGACUGCCGAGGAGGAGGCCACUUUCAAGCAGCCCACUAUCGACCAGUACGAGAAGGAGGGUCACCCUUACUUUGCCAGCUCCCGACUUUGGGAUGACGGUGUGAUCGAUCCCGCUGACACUCGCGCAGUGUUGGCUCUCGGUCUCAGCGCUGCCCUCAACCAGCCCACUCCCGACCCACGCUUUGGUGUCUUCCGCAUGUAA